AUGCAUUUAGGAACAUCAAAACGUAAUGCUCGUGAACGCAAUCGUGUUUGUCAUAUAAAUACUUGUUUCGAUAUUCUUCGACAACAUAUACCUUAUGAACGAAGAAAUAAAAAAUUAUCAAAAGCUGAUACAUUAAAAUCAGCAAUGAACUAUAUCAAUGAUUUACAAAAAUUAUUAGGAACAGAUGCGAUGUUAAUUCAAAUGCAUCAUGUAUUUGAUACUGAUAAGAUAGAAGAAGAUACUUUACCAGACUGCAGAUGUUUAUCGACAAACAGCUUUUGUACAAAUUAUAAUAUGAAUAAAUAUUUACGACAACAGUUUGAGAAUGGAAAAGAAAAUCGAAAGGAGAGAAUAUAUACGAUGAGUGACCAUCAACAGGAGCAACAAUCAUUGCAUAUGAUGACUCUGAUAAAUACAACAAAACACGAAAUGUGGGAUUGGAGUGAUAGUUCAAUAAGCCAAUAA